AACGGCAUCCCGUUUUGGGAUAGCCACACGCAGUGUUCCGGCGCCUACCUGCUACAAACAGUGUUCUCGUCUUCCUAGAGUACAGAUAGUUGUACAAAAACAGUUUAACUUUAUUCGGUUAGAGCGCAAUACCGUCCGCGAGUUGCUAACGAAAGCUCAAAAAAGCAGUUGGUAAAAGGAAAUACAUGUAGCAUGUAAAAUACUUUUUUAUAAUCUACCGGAAGUACGCUGAUCACCUGUGCGACUAAUUUUGUUGUGGACUAAUUUUCUUCAACAACACUAUUAUGUACAGCCAUCUAUUUCUGGGUCGUGUUUAGAUUUUACUAUUAUACUGCGAGAUUAUGAUGGUUUGUGAUGACUUUUCCUGAAGUAUCAUUAACAACAUACUAACCGCAUCACUAUAUGCACAUAAAGCUAAAGUGCAACUGGCACGAUGAUCUUUGGUCUCAGUGCUUUGAUAUGGAUCACUUCGGUGUGGCAGGUGAACGGCCAAUACCGAUCCCGUUCAUACAACUAUAACAGUAAUAACUACCGAACACCUGAAUACGAGGAAAGGGACACCUUCUCGCUUGAUCCGCGGAGUUACCGCUAUAGUAACCGUUCCAGUGGGAGUUAUGGCGAUCGCGACGGUCGAAGUUAUUCCCCAUACCGCAAAUCCUCCACCUAUUUAACCACCUACACCAGCAACAACUGCCCCAUCAACCUGGAAUGCCCGGAACUACCCUACAUCCCACCCUGUCCAGAACAGCCCGCCACGCCCGCCUGCCCCGUUCCGCCGGCCUGUCCAGAGGUCACCUGCCCCAACUGUCCAGCCUGCCCCAAGUGCACCUGUCCAGCGUGCCCGGCAUGUCCGAAAUGCGAUUGUGAUGGGGAUUACAAGGAUGAUGUCGGAGACAUGUUAUGCGCCGUAUGGAGUCCAUUGAUCCUGUCAAAAUUUUGCUGGCAUCACUGGGGAGGCGGAGGCAGUUGCGGUGGCUUUGCCACGGAGGUCGAAAGGUCGUCCUGUCUCAAUGCGCUUGGUCAAACUGGACAGGUUACCUUAACCAGUCCAGCUGCAGCUGCACCUCCGCUGGCAGGAUCGCAAGGCUCUUCCAUUUUAGACCUAUUGAACAGUUUCUUUUUGACCGGCGGGAGUGGUACUAAUCCCGCUUUGCUGGAUUUGGCGCAGAAAAUAUCUGCAGGGGGAACCGCAAGUGCAGACCUACAAAGUUUGACAAGUGCAAACUUGCAAAGUUUGCAAAGUUUACUAGGAACAUCCCAGUCGGGAGCAUCCCUGUUAAGCGCUCUACCAGGAAACCCUCGCUCGAUUCUGCCAUCAGCGCAGGGCACGACGUCUGGUCUUCUCACGGGAGCUACAAGCCCGCGCAAGAAGUUUUUCAGACGGCCUAAUCCUGGUCAAGUAUGCCCUAAGGAUAUCGUGGUGCUAGGUGGUCAAACGUUCUGCCUGGGCGAUACGGCGCAGGAGACUUCCGGAGCCACGGUCACCGCGCAAGCUACAAACUCCACGGAUUCUGGAAAUCCGCCAGCAACGGGAGUCGCUUUAGUGGCCAACACCACUUCUGUUUAAUUAACAGAAAUAUAUUCUUGUGGCGACAGUAAUUCUUCCUGCUCAUAAUACUGGAAAUCUCCGCAAAUCAGUAUCCAUACUACGGCCGGCAUUCGAAUGAUACGCACCUAAACUCUUUUAUAAUGCCUGGCUCUACCAUACUGCCGGUGGAUUUUAUUUCGAACUUUACUUUCUUGUACAUAUUGUGAAGAGUAUUUAUUUAUCUUACGUGUGUUCGUUUUUAUUAUUACUCGUUGAUAUUGCCUUUUGGACGUGGCCGAUCUGCCGCUACUUGUUAGUAAAGCCAUAAAACCGCAACAAU